UUGUGCGCGCGCGUUUGUGUUUAAAUGUGUGUAUUGCAAGCGAGAGCGAGAGUGCCAAAAGAUAUUUUGUAUUUUAAUAAGAGUGUGUAGUACCGUGUUUGAUGGAAGCGCGCACGCAGCCGACCAAGCGAUCGUAUGCGAUAUUUAACGUGUGAGAACCGACACGCAUAAACAAGACAAACAAAAUUAACACAACAUAAAACACAGUCCACGGCUGGAAGAAGGCUCACACCAUGGACGAUGAUCAGCAGUUUUGUCUUCGAUGGAACAAUCACCAGAGUACACUCAUCUCGGUGUUCGACACACUGCUGGAGAAUGGUACACUGGUCGAUUGUACAUUGGCGGCCGAAGGAAAAUUCCUGAAGGCACACAAAGUUGUUCUGUCGGCGUGCAGUCCCUACUUUGCAACCCUACUUUCCCAACAGUACGACAAACAUCCGAUCUUCAUACUCAAAGAUGUGAAAUUUCAAGAAUUGCGCGCCAUGAUGGACUACAUGUACCGUGGCGAGGUAAACAUUUCCCAGGACCAGCUGGCCGCCCUACUAAAGGCAGCCGAAUCGCUGCAGAUCAAGGGUCUGUCCGACAAUCGCAGCAGCUCCGGAUCGUCUGCGUCAGGAUCAGGAGGAGGCGUGCAUCCGCAGCAGCAACAAAAACAAAGCGAUGCACCUAGCGCAAAAUCACUUCAGCCUCCCGUACCUGCUAGCAAGGGUUCUGGUCUGACGAUCGAGAACAAACGGAGCUUGAAGUCGGAGUUGCUCGAGUCCGAUGUGUCCGGUUCGCGGGAAGGCUCCACUAGUCCCACGUCGCGAAAACGUAAAAAAGUUCGCAGACGGAGUGUAGAUACGAACAACCUAAUAAUAGAUAAUCAUGACCAGCAUUCAAAUUCCUCAUCACAUUCAAUGCACACCGGUAGUGGCGCGAAUGCGGCUGUAUCAGCAGUCUCCGGCACCUCCGCCAAUGUCGCCGCCGCCUCAUCUCUGUCCUCGUCGUCGUCCAACGCUGCCGCUGGUAGCAACAGCAGCGCUAACGUGCUGUCGGUUGCCGCCGUGGCCGCUGCCGCCGCACUCAAAAAGACUGAAACCGUUCAACAGGCCGAAACAUUGAAACUCCAGAAGCAGCAAGCGGCCGCCGCGGCCGCUGCUCAGUCCUCUGACGAUGAUGAACGAUGUGGACCAGGCAGUGUGGCUACCGGCACCGAACACGACGAUGGAAACGACCUUUCGGACAAUGAGCACGAUGGCGACGGUGGUUCUUCGGUAAAAUCUGGCUCGCGACAUCAUCACCUGCGAGAUGGCAGCAGACGUGGUAAAACUUCCACCUCGUCGAUGGGAGAAAUGAUGAUCGAACCGAAGAGCGAGUACGAAGAUGUGCAGGACGAGAAUGUUGAGGAUUUGACAAUGGACGAUGAAGAUUUAAUGGACGAACUGGACCAACCCGGACCGAGCCACGGUGGCGAUGUAUCUAGUCAAGGGUAUGCACAAUGGCCGAUGGAUCGUGAGCAGAACGAAGCGUUUAUUGCCGCUCAGGACGCAGUUGGUGGACAACAUCGAGACGCACAAGAAGACCCAGAGGACAGUAGCUCACUUGGUGGUGGUAUUACCAAAAUCAAAUUGGAAAACUUCUGGCAUGACAAUGAUCUGAUUGCGUUUGCCGAACCAGUGCCGAACCACACGACAGCGGGAACGAUCGUAUCGCAAACAAAGUUGCAACGAAACAUAACCACCAACGCCACCACUAUCCCGGCCUGGCGCUGCAAGACAUCAAAGUCCACCUCGAAAAUAGCGCUAGCGCCAAUGGUAACUACGGUCGGCCGCAUGAUGGUGGCCAAAAAGUCGUCUCCGUCGGGUGGUGGAGGCAGUAUGGUGGCCAUCAUGAAACCGCUUAAAACUACCGGCAAUGGCAAUGUGAUCCUCACGUCUGCUGGGUCGCUUAUGGCCACCACGAUGACGACAGGUGGUACGGGAGGCGGUGGCGGCGCUAGCAGCAACGGUAGCAGUGCUAGCUCGAUCGGUAGCCGCAAGGAGGAGAAGAUCAUGUUCCAGCACGAGAACGAUGCAAAGCCGUGGAAGUGUAAGAGCUGCGGCCGUAACUACAAAUGGAAAAACAGCCUCAAGUGUCACAUCAAGAACGAAUGCGGCGUGCCGCCGAAGUACUUCUGCGAGCGCAUGUGUGGCUACAAGACGCAUAUACACAGCAACCUGAAACGCCAUCUGAAUUCCAAGUUCUGCAAGCCCAACUGAGAGCUGGUGCUGGCGGC